GGAGAAAGUUUCUUUUUUAAAACUUGAUUGCAAAGAAAAUCUGAAUUAUUACGCCACAAUAAUAUCAGAAUUUUCCAAAUAAAUAUAUAUUGUCCCAAUGAUUAGUAGCGGUUUUGUUAGUUAGUAAAAGUCAGACCCCACUCCUCAAGAUCAGGCCUAUUUUCUCGCUGGAUCCUCGCCUUUCACAUUCAUUAACGUGCUUUACAACCCAAACCUCCUUCACAUUAUCACAUGAAAUGAUUCUCUUUGGCAUCAAUAUAGCAUCUAUAAUAUUGAAUAUAAAUUACAAUUCUGCUAUAUAUAUACCUAUAGAUUGAAUUCUGAUCUUCAUCAACUUCAACCAACACAAUCUCUGUGUCCCUAAUGGAGAUCAAACCCUUGCUUUCAUGUUGCUUGUUAGAAACUUUUCUUCUCCUCUCUUCUUUUCCUUCCCUCUACUUUUCACACUCGACUCAUGAGCUUUCCAAUCGAUUUCUUGCUAGUCGCCUAUUACAAACCACUCCUCACAACACAAAUCAACAAUAUUUGAUACCCCACAACACUAUAAGAGCAAAGCUUGGUCUCCCGCCUCUAACAUGGAGCAAGAAACUAGCCGAUUAUGCGUCUUGGUGGGCUCACCAACGCCAAGGAGAUUGUGCUUUGAUUCAUUCCAAUAGCAACUAUGGUGAAAACCUAUUUUGGGGAAGUGGCAAGGAUUGGAAACCCGGUGAUGCUGUUGAAGCAUGGGCUGCUGAAAGAAGUUACUACAACCAUAACACAAAUUCUUGUACUCAGAAUAAAGAUUGCCUGCACUAUACCCAGAUGAUAUGGAGGCAAAGCUUGAAGGUUGGUUGCGCAAAAGUGACAUGUAGGAGUAAGGACACAUUUAUCACUUGUAACUAUGAUCCCCAUGGUAAUGUGAUAGGUCAAAAGCCUUUUUAAUUUGUUGUACAUAAUGAGAGGGGAUUCAUUAUCUGUUGGGAGACUUCAUACUUGUUUCAUUUAUUAAUAAUCAUACAUUGUGAUAUUAGGGUAAUAACCAAAGCAGUUUGGCUCCAAGGUCCAUGUGGACCAUGUGAUUGUAAACGUGGUUCUAUAAAUACAUAAUAUAUGGUCAUAUAUAUUUGGUCUUCA